CUGAUAGCCACAUUCACCGCCCACACACAUGCUGUUCAGAUAACACUAGUUUCAGCUCUCAGGAAGUGAAACUCACACACUCGCUGCUACUGAGAGGUGAAAUGGCGCAGAAAGGAGUUCAGCUGGACCGGGAAACCUUCUCUUGUUCCAUCUGUCUGGAUCUACUGAAGGAUCCGGUGACCACUACCUGUGGACACAGCUACUGCAUGAAGUGUAUUAAACAGCACUGGGAUGUAGAGCUAAUCCACAGCUGCCCUCAGUGCAGGCAGAGCUUCACACCGAGGCCUGUCCUGCUGAAAAACACCAUGUUAGCAGCUUUAGUGGAGGAGCUGAAGAAGACUGGACUCCAAGCUGCUCCUGCUGAUCUCUGCUAUGCUGGAGCUGAAGAUGUGGCCUGUGAUGUCUGCACUGGGAGGAAGCUGAGAGCCUGUAAGUCCUGCCUCGUGUGUCUGGCCUCUUACUGUGACCAACACCUCCAGCCUCAUUAUGACGCAGCUCCAUUAAAAAAACACAAGCUGGUGGAGCCCUCCAAGAAGCUCCAGGAGAACAUCUGCUCUCGUCACAACGAGGUGAUGAAGAUAUUCUGCCGCACUGAUCAGCAGAGUAUCUGUUAUCUCUGCUCUAUGGACGAACACAAAGGCCACGACACGGUGUCAGCUGCUGCAGAGAGGACUGAGAGGCAGAGAGAGCUGGAGGGGAGUCGACUCAACAUCCAGCAGAGAAUCCAGGACGGAGAGAAGGAGGUGAAGCUGCUUCAGCAGGAGGUGGAGGCCGUCAAUGGCUCUGCUGAUAAAGCAGUGGAGGACAGUGAGAAGAUGUUCACUGAGCUGAUCCGUCUCAUGGAGAAGAGAAGCUCUGAUGUGAAGCAGCAGCUCAGAUCCCAGCAGAAGAGAGAAGUGAGUCGAGUCAGAGAGCUCCAGGAGAAGCUGGAGCAGGAGAUCUCUGAGCUGAAGAGGAGAGACGCUGAGCUGAAGCUGCUGUCUCACACAGAGGAUCACAACCAGUUUCUGCUCAGCUACCCCUCACUGCCAGCCCUCAGUGAAGCUACACACUCCUCCAGCAUCAACAUCCGUCCUCUGAGCUACUUUGAGGACGUGACGGCGGCCCUGUCAGCAGUCAGAGACAAACUACAGGACGUCCUGAGAGAGGAAUGGACAAACGUCUCACCGACUGAAGUGGAUGUUUUACUGUCAGCAGCAGAGCCCACCACCAGAGCUGGGUUCUUAACAUAUUCACAGGAGAUCACUCUGGAUCCAAACACAGCACACAAGAGGCUGGUAUUAUCUGAGGGGAGCAGAAAAGCAACAUACAUGACACAACAUCAGUCUUAUUCUCGUCACCCAGACAGAUUCACUUAUUGUUCUCAGGUCCUGAGUAGAGAGAGUCUGACUGGACGUUGUUACUGGGAGGUGGAGUGGAAAGGGGGAGGAGUUUUUGUAGCAGUCGCAUACAAGAAUAUCAGCAGAGCAGGGGGGGAAAGUGUAUUUGGAUACAAUGACAAAUCUUGGUCCUUAAUUUGUAACCAAAACAGAUGUUCAUUUCUUUACAACAGUAUCAGCACUCCCGUCUCAGGUCCUCUGUCCUCCAGAGUAGGAGUGUACCUGGAUCACAGAGCAGGUGUUCUGUCCUUCUACAGCGUCUCUGAAACCAUGACUCUCCUCCACAGAGUGCAGACCACAUUCACUCAGCCGCUACAUGCUGGAGUUUGUCUUUGUUAUGAAUAUGGAGCCACAGCUGAGUUUUGUAAACUCAGAUAGCCUGAAGUCCUUGGAGGAACUCUUCUACUUCUUAAACUCACCGUGUGUCCAUCAGAGCUGAUUGUCCAUGUCUUCACUGCAGAGAUCAGCUGUCAAUCAAACAUGAUGGGCGGGGCUUCAACAUCUUCUCACGAGUUGUUCUGUAGAUGCUGGACUUUCUUCCGGCUCCUUCCUGUGUCUGGUUAGCCAUGGAGGCUGUCACUGCUCAGGAGGAUCCUUGUUCACCUGAACUGAUAUGUAAACUUUGCUCUAAAUAUGUGUUGGAUAUUUCUUUUGAUUCAUGUUGUUGUUUCUCUUGUAGUGCACGAGUCUUCAGAGAGAAAGCAGCAGAGCUUCUUUUAUUCUACACAUUUUAUUCUGGUUCUAAAACAAUAGAGGCAUUUAUAAUCACAUGUAUUCUUUUUGACAGAUUCAAUGUUAUUGUUGCUGAAUUAACUAAAACAUGAGUUCCCAGAUGGUUAUAACACUUAUUUCAUCAUCACAUGUUUAUUCAAAAUGAUAUCACUUCCUGUCAUGAUCAUAAUCAAUAAGUACAUCCUUCAUUAUUCUCCUGGGAAUAGCUUAGAGUCUUUGCUUGGGAAAUACAUUGCAUAAUAUUACAGUUAUUGUUUUGCAGACGAAUUGUUGUUGUUGUUGUUGUUGUUGUUGUUAUCCAAAUAGAAAUUGGGUACUCUGAUGUUUUAUAGAACAUUAAUUAUCAUGAUAAUAAUCAAUAAGGAAAUCAUGUCUGACUCUGUUUGAAACAGCUGAGAUGAAACACAUUCAUGUGGAGAAAGUGAGACUGAUCAUGAAAUCAUUGAACAGACUUUACUGAUGGGAUGUGUGAUUAAAUGAAAUGUUUGGAUCAUUAAUAAAGGUUUGUCUUUCAAAAACAAAAACAGGAUGUUCUUCUUGUGUCCAAGGUGCCAUACGAAGCUGAUGGAGAACAUGUGGAAGCAGGGACGUGCACAGACAUUUGGAGGGGCUGUUGCUCUAAACUAGAAAAAGGGCCGACCCCCCGACCCCCCUGAAAACUGUUCAGUGGGAUGAACCUCCCGAAGCCCACGGAGCCUCAGCCUCAGCAGAGUUGGCCUGAGUUCAGCUCGGCUCCUGGCCCUCCAGCUCCCCCACCGCAUCCCUCCUGGGUAACGCCCGCAGCCUCUGGUCUGCCCCGACGCCCUUCAGCUCCUCCAUCUGGUCCACCAGCGCUGACUCUGCGCUGCACCCGUUCCCCCCGGCCUCCAGCUCCUCCUCCACCCUGACGGACCUGGUGUCCCCCGUCACCCCCCCCCCCCCCCCCCCCUCCGAGAUGAGCCGCACCUACAACCCGUGGAGCAUGUGGCGCCCGACACUGAGCCGCCGCAGCUCCGAGCCCUGGCCCAGCUCCUCGGACAACAACAACGACAACAACAACAACUGAACAACACUUAAAGAGGAGGUUUUCAUUAUUUUAAUCCCGACAGGAAGUUACCCUGAAGUGUAAGAACAGGGUUGCGUGGUAUCGCGCUGCAAGCCAACCAACCCUUCGCAAUUUAGUUCUCCGCAGCUUUUUAUUCACGGGGGAAGAAAUGCUAAUUUUAUUUGGAUUUGUUUUUUAACAGAUUGUCCCUGAAUUAAAAAAAUUAAUGCAUGGUAUGCUAAUGCCAGUGCAGACAUGUUGCUGUUCUAGAAAGGCUGGUGAUGCUGCAUCCUUCUCAGAGUUUGUCUCAGUAUUAACAUUUUCAUUUUAAACGUAUUCUCAGUCAUUUUGGUUCUUAUUGGUUUCUAAAAAAAGACAUUUGAAUCAUUGCACCAACUUUAAUUUGGCAGCGGGGAUUUUUUCAUGAUCUGAAUUUUCAGAAGUCCAACAAAUAAAUUCUUAUUUCACAUUUUAAACAGGAAUUGGUCAAUGAACACUUUGAGGCUUGUUAUCGCCUCUAUUUGUCAGCUAAUUUAAAUAAAGGAUUUCAGCAGAA